UUAGCAAGGGGAAAAGAAAAGAGGCAAGGGUCUCUCCAUCCUCCCCUUUCCGGACACGUCUCCAUCUAAAGCCAGGGCUUGCGGGAGGGGGAAAAAAGAGGCGAACAGAGUGUUCUGAACAUCAUCACAAAGAGAGAGAGCCUUAAGCCUCAGGUACAGUAUAUUAUUGACACUGAAGGAGCUCUUGUGUGGAUAAGAAAGCGCUGACAGGUCAAAUGGAUCCCAUGGAACUGAGAAAUGUCAACAUCGAACCUGAUGAAGAGAGCAGCAGUGGAGAUAGCUACUCAGGGAUGGGGAAGUCGGAAAAGACAGCCAUGAGCAGUCAAUUUGCUAAUGAAGAUACAGAAAGCCAGAAGUUCCUGACGAAUGGAUUUUUGGGGAAAAAGAAGCUGGGUGACUACGAUGAUGAACAUCAUCCUGGAACUACUUCCUUUGGGAUGUCUUCAUUCAACCUGAGUAACGCCAUAAUGGGCAGUGGUAUUUUGGGCUUGUCCUACGCCAUGGCCAACACAGGCAUAAUCCUUUUUAUAAUCAUGCUGCUCACAGUGGCAAUAUUAUCACUAUAUUCAGUUCAUCUUUUACUAAAGACAUCCAAGGAAGGAGGGUCUUUAAUUUAUGAAAAAUUAGGCGAAAAGGCAUUUGGAUGGCCUGGAAAAAUUGGAGCCUUUACAUCCAUUACAAUGCAGAAUAUUGGAGCAAUGUCCAGCUACCUCUUUAUCAUUAAAUACGAACUUCCUGAAGUUAUCAGAGCAUUCAUGGGACUUGAAGAAAAUACUGGGGAAUGGUACCUCAAUGGCAACUACCUCAUCAUAUUUGUGUCUGUGGGAAUUAUUCUGCCACUGUCUCUUCUGAAAAAUUUAGGUUACCUUGGCUAUACCAGUGGAUUUUCCCUCACCUGCAUGGUGUUUUUUGUCAGCGUGGUGAUUUACAAAAAAUUUCAAAUCCCCUGCCCCCUGCCUGUUCUGGAUCACAAUGUUGGAAACAUGACAUUCAACAACACCCUCCCCAUGCGCAUGGCAAUGUUCCCCAAUAACUCUGAGAGCAGUGGUGUGAACUUCAUGAUGGAUUACGCCCACCACAGCUCCGCAGGCCUGGAUGAGAACAAGGCCAAGAACUCUCUCCAUGGCAGUGGCGUCGAGUAUGAAGCCCAUAAUGAUGACAAAUGUCAACCCAAAUACUUCGUGUUCAAUUCCAGGACGGCCUACGCAAUUCCUAUCCUAGCAUUUGCUUUUGUAUGCCACCCAGAGGUCCUUCCCAUCUACAGUGAACUGAAAGAUCGAUCCCGAAGGAAGAUGCAAACAGUGUCCAAUAUUUCCAUCACGGGGAUGCUUGUCAUGUACAUGCUGGCUGCCCUGUUCGGUUACCUUACUUUCUAUGGAGAAGUUGAAGAUGAGUUGCUUCAUGCAUAUAGCAAAGUGUACACGUUUGACACCCCUCUCCUCAUGGUCCGUUUGGCAGUCCUGGUGGCAGUGACACUCACGGUGCCCAUCGUCCUGUUUCCAAUUCGUACAUCCGUGAUCACCCUGUUAUUUCCCAAAAGACCCUUCAGCUGGAUAAGACAUUUCCUGAUCGCAGUCAUAAUUAUUGCACUUAAUAAUGUCCUGGUCAUUCUUGUGCCAACGAUAAAAUACAUUUUUGGAUUCAUAGGGGCUUCUUCAGCCACGAUGCUGAUUUUCAUUCUUCCAGCAGUCUUUUAUCUCAAACUUGUCAAGAAAGAACCUCUCAGAUCACCCCAAAAGGUUGGGGCGUUGAUCUUCCUGGUGACUGGAAUUAUCUUCAUGAUGGGAAGCAUGGCCCUCAUUAUAAUUGACUGGAUCUACAACCCUCCAAAUUCCAAACACCACUAAUCCAAGGAGAAAAUAUUUGUCCUUUUUUCUUUCUAUUGGAAAUGUUGGCGAGUUAUGCUCCCCAAGACAUUUUGACUUAACUUGAUUGGGAUGUUAUUUCAUAGGAGCUAGCCAGAAGAUUCCAAAGAUUUUGCUUAAGAGUGUCACCAGACGCCUGUGAAAGAUAAAAUUAAGGGUUUUUUUUGUUGUUAUUGUUUAUCGUUGUUGGGGGUUUUGUUGUUUAUUUGUUUUCUCUUUGGUCAAGAAUGUCUGAUGCUCUUUCAAGCCUGCGGUGUGCGUUUCUCCCGUUUGGACUCCAGCUCUGUGAAGUGACCGGGUGUAUUUUUGUCAAUACACAAGCAGAAUAAAGUCAACUUUGUGUGAUGGUCAUCAGAUACCAGCCUUUCCACUGCCCACCCCCCACCCCCACUUCCACCCCUGUAGAGUGACCCAUGGUUGCAUUCACAGAACGUCAAACCCACGCACCCUGGUGGCAAAGCUCUUAGCCCUGAACAAUGCCUCACCCCAUCAUGUGGCUGACAUCAUGCAUCUGAGGGCUAACAGGAUCCGAAGGCCCCGGCCCAUCUGGUGAACUACGGCUGUGAGGUGAUCCGGGCUCCCACACCAGCCCAGUGCGCUUCACACCAACACUACACGAGUCGUUUGCCCAGCCUGCUUCUGAGAAUCAAUUAGCCACUGCUUCAGUGGAUUUGGGGAUACAUGUUAAAACAUCUUAGUAAAGGCAGAGAGGGGCUUUAUUUAAAUUAUACAGCAACAACUAAAAAGAAUGCUUACAGCUGACCUGCCCACUGAGGAAGCCUAUGUGUGUGUCUCUCUCUUUUAAUGGCCUUUGCCACGCUUUUGUCCUGAACAAGGCUGUCCCUCUCUAGUCUUCCAUUCUCCCUCAGAAUCCUCAGAAGACCCCAGGGCACAUGGACACACAUUACCCAGUAUUGUGUGAUACAUUUUUAUUUGAUAAAGAAAACUUUCAGUGCAGGAAACUGUGAUUUGCUAUAUUCGUAUGUAUAUAAUCUUAUUCUGUAGUCAGAAUGUUAAUGUGUCAUACAUUAGAUUUUUCUUUUUAUGGGUGUAGUUUUCUUUCUUCACAGUAUAAAAAAAUUAUAAUUUGGGGGGGGACAGAGAAGUCAGCUGGAGAGUUCCAACACCAUUUGCAUUGUAUUUGUUUAUUAAGGACAUUUUAAAUUUGAAAUAUAAGUUACAUAUAUAUAGUUCAGUAAUGCUCUUCUUCAUUGUUUACAUUUAUCAUAUAAAAAAAGGGAAGAAAGGGAGGGAGGAAGGAGGACAGACAGGAAGAAAGGGAGGGAGGAAGGAAGGAAGGAAGGAAGGAAGGCUGGUUCUUUAGCUGUGAAUGAUUGUCAUUGCCAAGGUUGUGGUUUUAAUUUAGCAUGCCUGAACUAGGAUUUCAUCCACUUUAGAUUGUAUUUGUAUUUGCUGAUAUUUCAUUUGUCCUUUAGCACAACAUUGAGUCAUUCUCCAUAGAAAGAAAAGUGCUAACACAGAAAGCAAAUGCAAACUGCUUUUUUUCCCCCACUCACGUUUAAAUCUUCUUAUCUGGAAUGAACUUAGUUACUAAUCUCAUCCAGGCAUGGGUGGCUCAUGCUUAUAAUCCUAGCUGGUCAGGAAGCUGAGAUGUGAGGUGAGGUUCAAAGCCA